CGAAAUCGACUGGCAGGGCGGCGGGGCCCGGAGACGUCCCGGGCAUGGCCGCGGCGGCAGGCCUGGCACAAAAGCUGCGGGCAGCGCUGCGGGAGGAGGAGCCGCGGGCCGUGGAAGAACUGCUGCGCCGCGGCGCGGACCCCAACCUGGUGCUCGCGGAUGGCGCGGCAGCCGUGCACCUGGCGGCCAGAGCCCGGCACUCGCGCGGUCUGCGCUGCCUGGAAGCCCUACUGCACCGGGGCGGGGAUGCGAACGCUCGAUCGGUCGAGGCGCUCACGCCGCUGCACGUGGCUGCCGCCUGGGGCUGUCGCCGCGGCCUGGAGCUGCUGCUGGGCCACGGAGCGGACCCCGCGCUGCGCGACCAGGACGGACUCCGGCCGCUGGACCUGGCGGAGCUGCAGGGGCACCAGGAUUGCGCCCACGUCCUUCGGGAACUCCAGACUCGGACCAAGACGUCGACCCGGACCCGGGCAGAGAGCCAGGAGCCGGAGCCGGAGCCUGGCGGUCUAGACCUCUGGGGAAAGGAGCUUGACGCCAGCCCCUGCGGACCUCUCAGUGUGGCGCUGGGCUCCACAGCACUGGGCAGAAGGGAUGGCAGGGACAUGGGCCUGGAAGCUGGCCCCAGACUUCUCCGCCACCUUGCCCACCCUGAGAUUGCUGACAAGGGUAGCAGCCUGGAGUACCCCCCGGGCCCCCCAGGACAGCGGGACUGCAGCUCAGAUGCCUCCUUUGUCACUGCGACCGAAGCCUCUGGAACUGAAGACCUGGCUCCGCACACCUCCUCCUGGGCUAGGUCAUCGCCCCAGACCAAGCAGAGACUCCUGCCUACUGUUCGACCUUCCCAGGGGAUGCCAAGGUCCCCAGGUGCCCCACAGCUGGUACAGCGAGCUGCUGUGGCAGACAGGGAGGCAGAGCUAAAUACCUGUCUGCAGGCCCUGACUCUGACUUCGCCAGACGCUUCCACCUCUCCCAUAUCCCUCCCGAGCUGCCCUCGGAAACCACGUCCUGAACUCCCCGACCUUCCCUUCCCAAAAGACGAAGAGUUGUACCUCGACAGUGAGGUGGCCGCCCUCUGGCUGACCGAGGAUGAGGCGAGUUCCACAGGAGGCAGGGACCCUGGCCCCUCUUGCUGGUGCCCUCUGGUACCUGCCACGGCGGAGGCAGAGACACCGCCAGGGCUCCGAGGGCUCGGCAGGAGCCCCGGCCCCAUCACACCCUCCUCUGGGACAUGCUACCUCCGACAGCUGGAAGAAGUCCGUGCUACUCCUGGCUCAGACUUUGCAGGGCACAGCCCAGAGCUGGCCAAAGCCCUGCGGACAGGCUGUAUCCCAGAUGCCCAGGCGGAUGAGGAUGUGCUGGCCCAGCAGUUUGAGCGGCCGGACCCCAAGAGAAAGUGGCGGGAGGGGGUCGUGAAGUCCAGUUUCACAUAUCUGCUGCUGGACCCCAGGGAGACUCAGGACCUGCCAGCCCGAGCCUUCUCACUGACCCCAGCUGAACGCCUUCGGACCUUUGUCCAUGCCAUCUUCUAUGUGGGGAAAGGGACACGGGCCCGGCCAGAUGCCCACCUCUGGGAGGCCCUCAACCACCGUCGACAGCCAAGAAAGCAGGCCUGCCCCAAAGUGCGCCAGAUCUUGGACAUCUGGGCCAGUGGUCGUGGUGUUGUCUCCUUGCAUUGCUUCCAACAUGUGGUUGCUGUGGAGGCUUAUACUCGAGAGGCGUGUCUUGUGGACGCUCUAGGCAUCCAGACACUGACCAACCAGAGACAAGGACACUGCUAUGGAGUGGUGGCGAGCUGGCCACCCACCCGGCGACGCCGCUUGGGGGUGCAUCUGCUGCACCGUGCCCUCCUUGUCUUCUUGGCUGAGGGUGAGCGAGAGCUGCGGCCCCAGGACAUCCAGGCCCGUGGCAGAGUACGGGGGAGUUGGCCAUCUAGCCUAGGUAGAGAUCAGGGUGCUUGAAUGUUUCAGCUGCCCCCAUGCUGACCGCAGCCUCCCACCUCCAGAAGGGGAGGGGCUGGGGGGGAGGGUAGGCAGGGCACAGGGCAUAUCUCCCCUCAAGCUGAGGGAGGACUUUGUUACAGAUGGAACUGCUGGAGAGGUAAUGAGCUUCCUGUCACGGAAGGAGGACAAGUAGGGAAGCAGAAGUUUUUUAGAACAUUCUAGUGCUUCAGAACAUGCUAGUGCUUUGGCAGUUUGGUCCUGUCUGUAUAGUCCACUUUUAGCUCCCAGACACAGGGGACUCACACGUGGAAUAGACUGGGGGAAUCUGCCAAAGUCAAGAGCCACAUUUCUCUGCAUCCCAGCUAUGGGACCUCGGACCCGUAAUUUGUCUCUCUGAGGCUCAGGUUCCUUAAUUUGUACAAUGGGGACAGUGAGAAGUGCUACCUCAGGGGGUCAUGGCGGAGACGGGAGUAAACAAAGUCACGCGGUACAGUGUGUGGCCCAGAGCCCUGCAGGAGGCAGCCCUUCUGCCCGCUGGAAAGUCUCUUGGGGGAAGGAGGUGCCCUGAGGCUCUCCAGGGGCCGCCUGUGUGUGGUGUUGUGUGGGCAGAGCUGGGGAGGCCGACCGGGUAUGGGUGAGCGCCCAACCCUCGGGACAGCUGUGCAACUUGGGCCUCCGGACACUUUCCCUGAAACUGUUCCUUCCUCCAUAAGAUGGAAUAAAUAACUGCGACUUCCUGGCGAUGCUAUAA